GUAUAAAUGCCCAUGGGGGAUCUGUGCAGGAUGAGGUCUCGGGGUCACUUUUGUGCCUUCGGCCAUGGCCUAAGCCUCAUCGUAUAGAGAGAGAGAGAGAGAGAGAGAGAGAGGAACAAAGGUGUCAGUGUCUCACUCACAUGUCUGUAUCAGCCAUGGCUGAGAGCAGGAAGUGCGCCGUUGUCCGGCUGAGGAAGGCGAGGAGGGGAAUCACCGGAAGGUGCGCAGCGCUCGUGAAGGAGCAGCGGGCCAGGAUCUACAUCUUGCGCCGCUGCGCCACCAUGCUGCUCUGCUGUUGCACAGUUCAUGGGACUGGGUUUAGCUGCACCAUCAGCAGUGUGGGGAGGACUGGAUGCAUCAUGGCUGGUGUUGCUAGUGAUUGCAGUCUUGAGAAGGCCCAAUUGGAUGAUCUACUGCUCUUUUCCUUCUUUUUUGUAUCAGCUCUCGUGGUUUUGAGAUGGACCAAAGAGGCUUCAUGUAUCAUAUACAACUACUGCUGCUGAUAUUUAUGUGAACUACUUAGCAAUGGGAUUAACAAUAACUCUAUGUAAUGAGUUCCAUUGCCUGUCUUGAACAUUUACAGUCAAUAUUAAUGCCAUUCAAUAAA